GACCUGGUGGCCCUGGACUGCGAAAUGUGUAUCACAGAGGCCGGCUUUGAGCUGACGCGCGCCACACUGGUGGACAGGCAGGGGCAGCAGGUGCUGCUGGAUGAGCUGUGCGUGCCCCACAACCCCAUCACCGACCACAACACGCGGUACAGCGGCAUCACCGCAGAGAUGCUUGAGGGGGUCACCACCCGGCUGGCAGACGUGCAGGCCAGCAUCCGCGACCUGGUGGCCGCCGAGACGCUGGUGGUGGCGCACAGCGGGGAGAACGACCUGCAGGCGCUCAAGAUCAUCCACGCCAACGUGAUUGACACCUCGGUGCUGUUCCCGCACCCGCGCGGCCCACCCUUCAAGUCGGCGCUGCGCGUGCUGGCCUCCCGCCACCUCACCCGCACCAUUCAGCAG